CCACCCACCUCUCCUAUUUCCUAUUUCAAAGCAAAGGUCAGAGGUCCUCUCUCUCUCUCCAUCUCUCUCUAGAUUUAUUCACAUUUCCUUCGCCGAUCUCGUCGUCUCUCUUCUCUAUCUGAAUCUCCUGCUACGAUUCUGUGGUCGGUUUGGCCGUCUACGAUUGUCAGAGAUUAUCCGCGCUUUCUUUUUUGUUUCAUUUACAUGGGUCAGCAAUCUCUGAUCUACAGCUUCGUGGCUCGGGGCACGGUUAUCCUCGCCGAGUACACGGAGUUCACCGGAAAUUUCACCACCAUCGCCUCCCAAUGCCUCCAGAAGCUCCCGGCUUCCAACAACAAGUUCACCUAUAACUGCGACGGCCAUACCUUCAAUUAUCUCGUCGAGAACGGCUUCACCUAUUGUGUAGUUGCUGUUGAAUCUGCUGGCAGACAAAUUCCCAUUGCCUUGUUGGAGCGAGUUAAGGAAGAUUUCAACAAGAGAUAUGGUGGAGGGAAAGCUGCAACUGCCGUUGCCAACAGCCUAAAUAAAGAGUUUGGACCCAAACUGAAGGAGCACAUGCAGUAUUGUGCGGAUCAUCCUGAGGAGAUAAGCAAGCUUGCAAAAGUGAAGGCUCAGGUUUCUGAAGUCAAGGGCGUUAUGAUGGAAAAUAUUGAGAAGGUUCUUGACCGUGGUGAGAAGAUUGAGCUGCUGGUGGAUAAAACUGAGAACCUUCGCUCGCAGGCACAAGAUUUUAGGCAGCAAGGAACUCAGAUCAGAAGGAAGAUGUGGUUCCAGAAUAUGAAGAUAAAAUUGAUUGUUUUGGGUAUUCUCAUUGCCUUGAUUCUAAUUAUUGUGUUGUCUAUUUGCCGUGGCUUCAAUUGUUAAAUUGCCUGGAACUUCCUGGACACUGCCUUUCUGGCAUGCUGAUUCCAAUUGUCUAGGUUUUCCUUUCCACCUUGCUAUUUGGUGUUUGAUGUAUUAGGUUAUACCAUCCCCUUCUGCUAGCCUUUUAGGAAUGGGGAGCACUUGUCUUUUGGAUUGUUGUAUAGUUGAUAUGCUACAACUGCUACAAGUAGAUAAAUUUUCUAUAUGCUAUUUGUUAUGGUUUUAUUUC